AACAGUGGUACGAGUCGUGCGAUUGAAGACGUAUUGCGAAACUGAAUGUGAAUUUGAUUUGAUUUUACGCUUUGUUUUGAAUUGCAUUUCAUUUGCGAAUGCAUUGAGUGUUGAGAGGAAGUGAUCACUACUUCAUUCACAACACAUUGUCUUCGCAGCCCUUUUGAGACCACAAAUGACUUUAGGUUUGCAUAAAAGUCACGUCUUUUACGCCAAUAAUAAGAGAGAGUCACUGAAGAGACCGUUUGAUGGCAUGAAUGGCAUGACCGGCGCUGAAGACACCAUCGGCUCAGACAAUCACUUCCACAACAACAACAGUUAUGAGUCGUUUAUACCACCGAAACGACCGCGAAAUACAUUGACCGCCGAAGACAACGCUUCCGCUAUAAUAAACACACAACGAAAUCAAUCAGUUAUUGCGAAAGGAGUGACAAUAAUGAAAGACUUUUGGGGAAACCUUUUCCCUAACAAAUCAGAGCCACGAGUGAUGCCAUCGGAGGCCACCCCUCACUCCUCCCAUCAGUCAAACCAAUUGUUGUCCGAAAGCAAUACAAUCGCAACCGAUGUCUACAAUCGGCGCGAGAUUAACGCGAGUGACCCGUUCUCGACAAGACAAGCGUUUGGCGACACUCGUGGCCACUCCUCGACGGUUACCUCUUUUCGAGACAACAGAUCCCAUAAGAAAAGCGGUCGUCUUUUUAAUUCAUUUCGUAUAUCAGAGAAGAAUCAAUACAAACGUCUUUUGGACACUCAUUUGGGACCCAAAUUCAAAUUUCUAAAGCCCAAGAAAGCGGUCAACAGACCCCAUAUUGUGGUCGAUUUGACACAAACAAUGUCAUCGAAAUCUGAUUACAGGAGCUUUGAAACUCCACAAACGACUCCAUUCUCUGUGGAGGUAUUGGACACGAAAGCGAAGACAUGUUUAAUCGAUAGAAUCAAAAGCCAUGGAAUCGCUGCCAAUCCUACCAUUCGUUUGAACACAACUAAUGAAACGCCUUUCGGUGUGAAAGGCUAUCAGUUUUCAUAUCCAUCGUAUUCGACCCCAAAGUCGACUCUCUUUACCAAAAGUGAAUCCCAAAAGAGUUAUUCAUUUCAAUCAUCACAAACGCCACAUCCGUUGCCCGAAACGAGUGUACACUUCAAUGCGUUAACGAAACAGAAUAAGAAUCUAUUGGAUAGUAAAUGGAUUGAAGACAUGAAGAACAGCUUAAAUGCCGACACAGAGAGACACGAAAGAGAUAUAACGAAAUCUGAACAAAAUAGGGAUCAAAUGAAAGCCAAACGAGAGAAAGACGAGAGACUGUUGAGUCCUCUGCUUCUGAAACCCAUCACACGAACAGAACUCAAUCCAUUCACACCUUAUAUCCAUAUUAAUACCACUUUUGACAGCGAAGAAGUGGAAGAAGAGGAUGAGGACGAAGAGAGCGCACCCAUCGAUAUGCCACAACUCACACCAGAAAUGGACAAUGAAAUUGAUAAUGCGUUAGACAGCGGCAAAAAUGUACUUCUCGUUAAACACGAGACAUACGGCGAGAUAUACGGCAAAGACAUACUCACUCUUAAAGGACUCAAUUGGCUUAACGACGAGAUUAUCAACUUUUACAUGAGUCUCAUCGUCGAGAGGGGCAAAAACGACAACUUCAGGACAGUUCACGCUUUC